AUGGUCUUUGAACCAUUUGGACAAGUGGAGCUUGUCCAGUUGCCAUUGGAUCCUCUCACUGGGCUAUGCAAAGGUUUUGGUUUUGUGCAGUUUGUACGUCUUGAAGAUGCAAAAGCGGCUCAGAGUUUGAAUGGGCAACUUGAGAUUGCUGGAAGAGUAAUCAAGCACUUUGAAUGCCGCCCAGAGCUCUUCUAA